AUGAAGUACUCGAGUUCCGUCCUGAUCGCAGCUUUCUGCGUUAGCGUCCUUGCCGCUCCUGCUGCUAAGAGGUCCUCGGUUGAGGACUACGUGAUUCCCAUCGACAAGAGGUCCUCGGUUGAGGACUACGUGAUUCCCAUCGACAAGAGGUCCUCGGUUGAGGACUACGUGAUUCCCAUCGACAAGAGGUCCUCGGUUGAGGACUACGUGAUUCCCAUCGACAAGAGGUCCUCGGUUGAGGACUACGUGAUUCCCAUCGACAAGAGGUCCUCGGUUGAGGACUACGUGAUUCCCAUCGACAAGCGUUCGUCGGUCGAGGACUACGUGAUCCCCAUCGACAAGCGUGGUUCUGUUGAGGACUACGUGAUCCUCAUCGACAAGCGUUCGUCGGUCGAGGACUACGUGAUCCCCAUCGACAAGAGGUCCUCGGUUGAGGACUACGUGAUCCCCAUUGACAAGCGCCACGGUGCCGUCGAGGACUACGUAAUCCCCAUCGACAAGCGUGGUUCUGUUGAGGACUACGUGAUCCCCAUCGACAAGCGUUCGUCGGUCGAGGAUUACGUGAUCCCGAUUGACAAGCGUAGCUCCGUCGAGGACUAUGUCAUCCCCAUCGACAAGCGUUCGUCCGUCGAGGAUUAUGUUAUCCCCAUCGAUAAGCGUGGUUCGGUUGAGGACUACGUGAUCCCCAUCGACAAGGCCUAA